GGGUGAACAUGAUGCUGCGGAAGAUCGCGGUGGCGGCGGCCUCGAAGCCGGCGGGGGAGAUCAAGCAGGACGGGGAGAGCUUCUACAUCCGCACCUGCACCACCGUGCGCACCACCGAGAUCAGCUUCCGCGUGGGCGAGGAGUUCGAGGAGCAGACGGUGGACGGGCGGCCCUGCAAG